GGGAAAACCCAAGGUCGAAAUUGAGGCGAUUGUUUAUAUGUUGCGAAGGAGAAUGAAUCGUUGAGAGCGUUACAAAAAUGGAUAGAAAACCAGGACAUUUGACGAAAAAUCCACAAGAUGCAGUUAAUGCACUGAAUUGGGUAAAAGUAGUUGGUGUUGGAAGUGCCUGUGUAGGUAAAACAUGUCUUGUCAAGCAUUUCUGUGAAAGUAAGUUUAGUGCAGGUUAUCAACCAACAGUUGGAGUAGAUUAUGGUUUUAAAAUCCAGCAUUGUGAAGGCAUAGAUUUGAGAGUCCAUCUUUGGGAUCUGUCAGGCAGUACGGAAUACAUUGAUGUAAGAAAUGAACUUUACAUCCAAGCAGAUGCUAUUUUUAUGGCAUUUGAUGUCACAAACCAAGCCACAUUUGAUGCCCUUGACUCAUGGCUUAAGGAAAUUCAGCGAUACACAACUGGAACCCCUGAUCUCAUUGUUGUAGCUAAUAAGACUGAUUUAAAACAGAAACGAGUAAUUAGUACAAAUGAAUCAAAGAAAUGGGCCAAUCAAAACAGAAUCAAAUAUUUUGAGACAUCAGCAGCCACAGGGGAUGGUGUUGAUAGACUUUUCCAAGACAUUCUAGUCACCAUCAUAGAACGUAAAAAACUGUGGAAAAAAGCUAACCCAACAGGCUGAAAUUGUCAUAGUAACAAUUAUCAAAUGAAAAAAAAAGGACAACUGUAAAAAAAAAUCAAUGGCAAUCUAUGAUGAAGUCACAUUAAAUUAUUCUAGCCAUCCUGAUUAAAAUGCUCAAAACUUGCCUCAUAAUUCCAUUGUAUUUUCAAUACAGAUUUGCUUGAAUAGAAAAGUAGUCUUAAUUCAUUUUCAGUUUUGUUCAAAUAAUAGAUCUUCCAUUACUCUUAAGUCAUAGAUUAUGAAUGAAAAUUUGUCUCAGAAGCUUAAUUAGUUUUUGUAGUGUCUAAUUAUAAUAUAUUUUUAAUGAUUCAACUGUGUUUUGGAAAGUAUAUUCUCUGUCAUGUCAUUUUAUCAACAUAUGCAUAUAUGAUUGUUUACUUUUUAUACAUUGUGACUUGGAUGGAGAGUUGUCUCAUUGGCACUCAUACCACAUCUUCUUAAUUAUAUAUAAUAAUCAUAGAAACAUUUUUUUUAAUGCUAAAGUUUUUAGGUUGAGUUAGUUCCAGGAUUUUUAUAAAUGAGUUUUAACUUAAAUUUCUUUUCGCAUUUUUGAACACUUAAUAUAGUUUUCUAAAUCAUAUUAAAAUAACAGCAUUAUUUAUUUCAUUAGUAACAAAUCUUUCAUAGAAUAUUAGUGUACUGUAAAUUCAGAAAUUAUUGCAGGCAUUUAUUAUUGCACUUUUUGUAUAUAGAAAUAAAAGGUGAGAUUAAUUAUUUCAAUUUCAGGAAAAGCUUCAUACAGAUUUAUGUAUCCGAUAUCAGAAGGCUAGUUCUAAUUAUUGCAAAACUCACCCAAUUGCAUUAUUCACAUUAAUAAAAACCUCGCAAUAAUUUAUGAAUUUACAGUAUUUUGAUUUUUUGUUAUUUAUAUAUAAUUUUUUUUUACAACAAAGUGUAUUUUCAUAUAAAUAAAGGUUUUUAUUUUACUUUUA